AUGACCUCAUUCCUAUUGAAAGCAGGCUUCUAUCAGUGCGAUGCUGAGCUAGCUAUAUUCAUUCGCAGCCUGGAUAACAAAUUCCUCAUACUCCUCCUAUUUGUUGAUGACAUCCUGCUAACUGGAACACCUAGGCGCUUCUUAGGCAUCCAUAUUAAACAUCGGAAUGGCAAAGUGAUAUUGCAUCAGAAGGCAUAUAUACAGCGAAUUCUCGAGCGCUUCAACGCACCCACGAAUCCUGUUGCAACUCCACUUGAUCCCAAGCACCCACUUGUUGAGGCAACUAAUGCAGAAAGUCUAAAUGAAACAGAUGCUUUGGAAUACCGUGCUGCAGUGGGAGCACUAAUCUAUCUCAUGAUUUAUACAAGACCUGAUCUUGCAUUUGCACUUUCUCGCCUCUCCAAAUUUGUGCAGAAACCAGGUAUAAAGUAUGCCGCAGCGCUCAAGCGUGUACUCAGGUAUCUAGCUGGCACCCAGAACCUGGGCAUCGCCUACUGCAAAUCAUACUCCAAUGACUCAGUCUUAUAUGGCUACAGCGACUCUGACUUUGCCGCUGAUUUGAAUAACCGACGUUCAACUUCCGGUUUCAUAUUCCUUUUGAAUGGCGGCCCAAUAUCAUGGAAAUCAAAACAGCAAUCCUUAAUUACCAGCUCAACUCAUGAUGCUGAGUAUAUUGGACUGGCAACUGCAUCAUAUGAGUAUGCAGAACAUACAAUGCCUUCCAACACAAUUCAUUGUGAUAACCAAGGCGCCAUUGCAACUGCGAAUCAACCUAGUCACUCGCUCUCUACUAGGUCAAAACAUAUCGAUAUCCGUUUUCACGUUAUACGCGAGGCUAUUGCAAAUAGCCUUAUUCGUCUGGAGUAUAUUCGUACAACAGAAAUGACGGCCGAUAUAUUGACGAAAGCACUACUGAAGGAAUUGCAUGAACGUCAUUGGGAGGAACCUAGCCAAUCUGACGCCUUUGGUGAGAUCCCAGAUGAGUGGGAGUGUCAGCGUGCUACACCCGUGAAUCUCCCUCCGGCGCGGAUCAACUAUGUUCUGAGAGUCAUGUGA